CUUCAAAAAUACUUCACCUGGAAGUUUUGUGCUAGAAAACGAUUCUAUACUAGAAAUGCAAAGCAAAUCUGUUCUGAAUAAACCUUCGUCUAGUGAAUUUGUAGCAAAUAAACUUGUGGAUGAUGAGCUCAUAGAAGAUGAAUCAGUGGGUACCAAAGUUGCAGAAUGCGAAUAUAUAAACGAUGAAUUUGCAGAAGACGAACCUCUAGAAAUUUCAG